GAGCAUCUUAUUAAUGUCUCCCGUCGCCAACACACGUUCUCCUUGAUAUCAUAUUGCGACAUCUUGUCUACCAUUGAUUCCAGAAAAGCGGCAUUUAACAUCUCCACUAUUUUGUUCACAUAUCAACGAGAGGAUUGAUAGAACACUUCAUUUUAUAUACACACGUAAAGACUCAGACCAUCAUGUCGGACGUAGCAGGAUUAGAGAAUGAUAUUAAAGAGUAUAAGCUGCAGCUAGAGACUGUCCAGUUGGGUCUACAAGCAGACCCUGAUAAUGUAGAGCUUCAGACACUACAGGCUGAACUCGAAGAAGUCAUUUCCCUCACAGAAUCCACGAUCGCAGAACUAAAGCCAGCUCCAGCACCUGUAGCCCAACCAAAGAAACCCUCGGAGCCGCCGAUAAAAGAAAAAUGGUCACGAGAAAACCACCCUGCUUUCAAGAAAGCAGUGCCUCCUCCACCCGAAGAGCCCGAAGUUGUAACGUCUUUUUCAGUCAACGAUAUGGUAUUGGCGAAAUGGCAUUCGGGCGAUAAAGGAUUCUAUCCAGCCCGAAUCACAUCUAUAACCGGCUCCUCUACAUCUCCUGUUUACAUUGUCAAAUUCAAGAACUAUGAUACCACAGAGACUCUGCGAGCCAAGGAUAUUAAACCUAUAGUCAACCCAAAUAAGCGUAAAGCUGAUGGUACCCCAGUCGUAGCUUCGGCCCCUACUCCUCCAUCGACAUCGAAUGUUAUUUCGGCAGCUGCCGAUAUUGAUCCAGAACUUGCGCAGCAAUCCAAGCGCGAACCAAGCAAAGUCAGUGAUGGACCCACGAGACCGGCCAAAGUCCCAAAGAAGAUCAAGGCAAAGAAAGAAUUAGAUGACGGUAAGAAGAAAUGGCAGGACUUUGCUGCGAAAGGAAAGUUCGGAAAGGCAGGAAAGAAGGACAGUAUGUUCCGUACCCCUGACGGGGUAAAUGGUAGAGUCGGAUUUACCGGAUCGGGACAAAGUAUGCGAAAAGAUCCGACGAGAAGUCGUCAUAUAUACCAAACCAAUGGCGACGAGGAUGGCUUUGCGUAAGGGGAGGUAGGGAUAGGGAAGGAAGGGGCUAUUCUCUGCAAGUAUAGGUGUUCAGGCUGGAAUUUCCCUUUCUAUUUUUCAUUUUCCUUUUCUUCAGCAUCAUCAUAGGCAAUUUGAUGUAGGCUGACAUAGGCUUUGCGUAUGAGGACUAGAGUUUUGGAUGCUUGUUCUUCGAAUGAACAUAAUUUUUCACCAGUAUUGUUACCGAAUGACA